ACGCGUUGCAUCUACAACAAACGGACAGGAUUGCGUAGCGUAUCGAUCCAACGGUCACGUUUUAAAUCCCAAGUGCAUUCCGUCAGCUAUAUAUGCAUUCACUCUAAAUUCUCCUGUAAAUUUAUAUCUUUCGACCCGAUCAUCAGCUUACAGGUGAAUAUGGAAAGUAAAACAGAAAUCUUAGCAAUCUUCCUCUUGUUAUCAACCCUUUUGUGUAUUCGGGCCUUUUCGACAUCAAAUGAUGGGCUCAUUAGGGUCAGUUUGAAAAAAGUAAAAGUUGAUGAUACCAAUAGUAUUGCUUCAAACCUGGAUUUGGAUGAGGGGGAUUCAUUAUUAGACUCUAUUAUAAAAUAUAAACAAAGUGGUGAUAAUCUUGUUGAUCCACAAGAGCCCGAUGUUGUGUCACUAAAGAACUAUAUGGAUGCUCAAUACUAUGGUGAGAUCGGCAUUGGCACCCCACCACAGAAGUUUACUGUGAUAUUUGACACCGGAAGUGCUAAUUUAUGGGUGCCAUCUUCAAAAUGCAGAUCGCUACCUUGCCUUUUCCAUUCGAGAUAUAGGUCAGAUCGGUCGCAGACCUACAAAGCCAAUGGGACACCUGCUGCUAUUCAAUAUGGUACUGGAUCAAUAUCUGGGUAUUUUAGUGAAGACGAUGUCCAAGUUGGUGAUCUUGUUAUCAAUGAUCAGAUGUUCAUCGAGGCAACACGGGAGCCUGGUGUGACAUUUUUAGCAGGGAAGUUUGAUGGUAUCCUUGGGCUUGCAUUCAAGGAAAUAUCGAUUGGCAAUGCUGUCCCAGUGUGGGAGAACAUGGUGAAUCAACAUCUGGUUAAGGAUCAGGUGUUUUCAUUUUGGUUGAAUCGGAAAUCUGAAGACGGAGAAGGAGGUGAAAUCGUGUUUGGUGGUGUUGAUCCAAAACACUUCACGGGUGAGCAUACUUACGUUCCAGUCACACAAAAGGGUUAUUGGCAGUUCGAUAUGGGAGAUGUUCUUAUAGGUGGAAAGCCAGCCGGGUUUUGUACGAGUGGAUGUUCAGCCAUUGCAGAUUCAGGAACUUCAUUAAUAGCAGGCCCAUCGGAGGUGAUCAAGCAAAUAAAUGAUGCCAUAGGAGCCGCGGGGUAUCUUAACCAGGAAUGUCAAAAAGCCGUUAGAUUUUUUGGAGGCCAUGUAUUUGACCAACUUGCAAACGCAGUUGUAAAUGCAACACAGGUUUGUGCCCGUAUUGGAGCCUGUCCUCGACAAAUUGAUGUAUCUAGCAUUGGCAUUAAGAGUGUUGUAGAUAGGAAUGAGGAUGUAUCCUCUGGAUUAGAGACUUCCCCGCCAUGCACGGCGUGUAAGAUGGUAGUUUCCUGGGCGCAUAGAGAGCUGGUGGAGAAUGAGACCCGAGACAGCGUUUUAGGUUUGGGCAGUGAUCUUUGUACUGUGGUACAGAGUCCGUUGGAACAGUCGACGGUUGAUUGCGCUAAAAUUCCUUCUAUGCCUACUAUCUCAUUUACCAUUGGUGGCAAAGAAUUUGAACUUUCUCCUGAUCAGUACAUACUUAAGGUUGGUGAAGGCGCAAGUGCGAGUUGCAUUAGUGGUUUCAUUGCAUUGGAUAUCCCUCCUCCACGUGGCCCACUCUGGAUAUUGGGUGACACUUUUAUGCGUCCUUACCACACCGUAUUCGAUUAUGGUAACGUACGUGUUGGAUUUGCACAAGCGGUAUAGAACAGGAUGUCCUAAUAAAAGGUGGUACUAGUUCUCAUGAACCCAUGUAAAAGUGCUAUGUUUAAUAUAUGUAAGAUUGUGAUUACAUAUACCUUAGACAUUCUGGACUUGAUGUUCUUCGAUGCAAUCGAUUAUUGUUUCGUCAUGAA